AUGGCGGACGAGGCUAUGGAUAGUUACCUGUACUCAGCCUACACCCCCUACUCCUAUCGCUACCAGCCGCCCAAGGGCAAAGGGCCUCCGGGCGCCUGGCGGCAGCGGGGCACCUACUUCUCGAGCUAUGGGGACACAGCGGCGGCGGCCGCGGCCGAGUACUUCGAUAACUACCAGCGGGCGCAGCUGAAGGCGAUCCUGUCCCAGGUGAACCCCAGCCUGACGCCGCGGCUCCGCAAGGCCAACACCAAGGAGGUAGGGGUGCAGGUGAACCCGCGGCAGGACGCCUCGGUGCAGUGCUCGCUGGGGCCCCGCACCCUGCUUCUGCGGCGGCGGCCGGCCCCUGGGCUGCCCUCGCUGCGGCCCCGCGAGCAGGAGCAGGGCAGCCCCGCCACCACCAGCGGCCGGCCCGUGCGCUUCCCCAGGACCAUCGCCGUGUACUCGCCCAUGGCGUCCCGCAGACUCACCACCUUCCUGGAGGAGCCCGAGCCCGAGGACCCGGGGCAGGAGGCGGCCGAGGAGGAGCCGGAGGAGGCGGCCGCCGAGGAAGAGGAGCAGCAGAGCACUGAGGCGGCCGCCGUGCGGGCCAGCUGGGAGCAGCCCCCGGGGAGCAGCGUGGAGCCGCAGGAGCCGCGGCCGCCCCAACAGCAGGAGGUGGCGGAGGAGGAGGCGGCAGCUGCCCCGCGGCAGGAAGGCCCGCUGGAGGCCCCCGAGCCCCAGGCGGGGCAGCCCCAGGCCGCAGCCCCUCAGGAGCCGGGGCAGGGCAAGACCCGCCUGCGCUUCCAGUUUCUGGAGCAGAAGUACGGCUACUACCACUGCAAGGACUGCAACAUCCGUUGGGAGAGCGCCUAUGUGUGGUGUGUGCAGGGCACCAACAAGGUCUACUUCAGGCAGUUCUGCCGGACAUGUCAGAAAUCCUAUAACCCCUACCGUGUGGAGGACAUCACCUGCCAGAGCUGUAAGCAGACCAGAUGCACCUGCCCUGUGAAAGUGCGCCAUGUGGACCCCAAGAGACCCCAUCGUCAAGAUCUCUGUGGGAGAUGCAAAGGCAAACGUCUUUCCUGUGAUAGUACAUUUAGUUUCAAAUAUAUUAUUUGACUGGGAUACUUCUUGUUUAAAGGAUCCUAGUGUAAAAUUGCAAUCAAAGCAGUUUUUUUCUUUUGAAAGAAUAUAUAAUAUGGUGGGAUAUGGCUGGGCAAACCUACAAAUAAAGGU